AAUUUCAGACAAGAUGUCCGGUAGAAUAGGUUUCGGGUCUAUGCGUGCUUGUCUGCGCGUUUUUUGUGUGCUUAUAAUGGUCGGAAGAUCGUUCGCCUGGGACAAUGACGAGAUGGACCUUUUCGACCUGGUCGAGGAGGUUAAUAGGAAUUUCUAUGAAUUUAUGGAACUAUCGCCGGAAGCAACUACCACUGAAGUGCGUAAAGCGUAUAAAACCAAAGCACUGGUCCUACAUCCGGACAAAAAUGACGCACCUGACGCAGAAGUGCAGUUCAGGCACUUGGCCGCUAUCUAUGAGGUGCUGAAGGAUAAGGAGAGACGAGCUAUGUACGACCGUGUACUAGUCGAAGGACUACCGGACUGGCGUAUGCCCGUUUACUACUUCAGAAGAAUGCGCAAGAUCGGACUUGCAGAGGGACUUGCAUAUCUGCUAGUGAUUGCAACGCUGAUCCAGUAUUGCAUGAACUGGGCUGCCCACUGGGAACGGAAAUUCACAAUUUCUGAAAAUAUUUCUGCGGAGGUAAAGCGGAGGCAGAAAAGGUUGAAGAAGGAGGGGAAAUCGGAGGAAGAUAUCGCCGAACAGUACAGGGAAGUUGAGUUGAAUUUGUUGGGUGAAGCCCCCACCUACCAGGAUACUCUCCCAUUCCAGAUAUUCAGGCUGGUCAAAUUUAUCGUCCUCGCCAUACCAACCAUCCCAGGACAUAUCCGUCAACAUUUGGAGGACAAGAGAGCUGAACAGGAGGAGCAAGAGAGGGUGGAGAGGGAGUACGAGGAGGAGAAGAAGAGGAAGGAGGAGGAGAAAGAGAAGAGAAAAGAGCACAAGGCGAAAAGGAAGAAUGUAAACAUGUAUAAAGAAGGAAAGAAAGAAGAGACAAAAGUUGCGGAAAAGGAUGAGGAAGUAAAGAUUGUUCCAAGGAACGCGCAGCAAAUGUGGACGGACGACGACCUCGCUACGCUUGCAAAGUACAUUAAGAAGUUCCCUGGGGGGACAACAGACAGAUGGGAACGGAUUGCUGAGUUGAUGGAAAGGUACAGCUGGGAGGUGACGAAAAUGGCGGGGAUGAUAAAAAUCAACCCUGGCCUCGUCAAGGAGACGGCCGGACAAGGAGUUACAGGACGAGAAUCGUCGAGAUUGAUUGGCGACGAUGUACUUGAAGAGGGAGUUGCGGAGGAGGACGAGGAUGAUGAGGAGAGUAAUGACGAGGAUUCAGAGGAGAUAGACGAGGACGGUUAUAUCGUCUACUCACCACAGAAGGUGGUGAAUAUACCCGUAGUUGAGGAGAAGAAGAAGAAGAAGACCAAGGCCGUGGAGGUUGAGGGCGGAGCGGAGGAUGAAUCAAGUUGGUCUCAAGAUCAACAGAAAGCAUUAGAAGCAGCCCUUGCACAAUUCCCAAAGGGAAGUUCUGAACGAUGGGAACGAAUAGCAGGAAAGAUUCCUGGAAAGACGAAGGAUCAAUGCAUGGCCAGAUUUAAACACUUGGCGGAGAUAAUCAAGAAAAAGAAGGAGACAGCUGCUGAGUAGAAAUUUGAGGCGGAAAUGUCCGCCGUGAAGCAUUUUAAUGCGGAUAAUAUAGAAAUAUUUUUUUAACUGUUGCAAAGAUUAGAAUCAUGUUUAAAUUUAUAAUUGUCAGCUGUCAUUUUGUAAUUUUGACAGCUGUUCAUAUUUGUUAGACGUCAGCUGUUUUAUGUACUUCAUGUACUGUACACAGAAUCAUUGAUCUGUUAAUUGUUAUAAUUAGAUGUAUACAUGAGUAUAAGAUUUCCUGGGAAGAAGUUUGGACUGCAGAAAUUAAACUGUUAAGGUUUUUUAUAUUUUGUAUUCUCUAGUCUUCCGUUUUUCUAUUAAGCUAAAAUUUUAGUAAAUGCAAGACAUUUUGUAUUAGUUGGUUGCAAUCCUAAUCCACCAAUUCGUUUUUUUUAAAAUAUAGUUUACAUUGUCCGGUGAGAAGGUGGUUUCCAUUCAAUAUAUCAUAAUCGAUAAGAAUAAGUUUUAAGUAAAGUAAUGAUUAAUUAUGGCACGAUUUGAAACAAAAUUUU